AUGGCUACUGCGAUGUGGUUGGCCGAGAGCAAAGAUCGCCAGACAUCAUCCAAAACAGAGUGCCAGAGCGACAAAAUCAUGGGCAAAGCAAGGAAGGAUGCAGAACCUAUUGGACUGGGCAUAACACUGCAGCCAACAGCUGAGGAAAGGAAGGAGAUUGGAUGCUGUGUGCGGCUGAAAGGCUGGCUCUCCACCAUCACCAAGAGAGGAAAAUCUCCCGACAUCAUCGAGCGGUGGAUAAACUCUGCUGUAUUCAGAGCACGAACUGAUCUCGAUGCAAAUGCCGAAGAAGGAUUGUUGCUACCUGUCCAAGAAAAUGAAAGGAUUGGAAGCGAGAAGAACCAGGUUUAUAUUGAAGUCGAUCUCAACUGA